UCCCGAUGAUAUAUUCUGUUGGCGAAUCCACUCACCUUCUCUAUAAAGCCACUUUUCCCAUUACCCCCAACCAUUCUCAUUUCAUAACCACCCAAUUUUCAAUACAUUCUUCUUCUUUUCUCCACUUUCUUUCAUAACCAUGUCUUCUCAGACUGUUGUCCUCAAAGUAGCAAUGUCCUGCCAAGGCUGUUCUGGAGCAGUGAAAAGGGUUUUGGAAAAACUGCCAGGGGUUGAAUCAUUUGACAUUGAUAUGAAGGAACAAAAGGUGACUGUGAAAGGAAACGUAAAGGCAGAGGAAGUUUAUGAGACUGUCUCCAAAACUGGAAAGAAGACUGCAUUCUGGGUGGAGCCAGAAAACAAGCCCACAGAAACUGCUGCAACAACUGAGGCUGAACCUGUUAACAAGCCUUCAGAAGAUGCAACUGUUCUCUCUGUUGAGCCUGAGAACAAGCCUUCAGAAACUGCAGCAGUUGUUUCUUCUGAGGCUGAGAACAAGCCUGCAGAAACUGCCACUAUUGCUGCUUAAGACACUUUUGGUUCUAUUUCUAUUAAGAAAGAAUUAGUCUGUUUUCAUUUUUAAAUACAGUUUGAUUGUUAUCUGAAAUAUAUUCAGUGUUACUAUGUGUUAUGAUUGUGAUCCAUAAGUUACAAGUACUUUCUUAGUUUUUACUUGUGAUGAUACUUUUGUUGACUUGUGCGCUCUAAAUUACAAGUUAAUUAGUCCUUAUUCCUAUUUA